UUGUCCGUAAUUCUUUCAUUUGACCCAAAUUUCCACGUGACAUUUUCCCGCCAUACUUCCUAUUAACAUCUAUUGUUUGGUCGAAAUCCUCGUUUCAUUAUGCCAAGCAUUGAAGAUUGGAUCAAUAACCCUCUCGGAAUUAUUCAAACACUUUCUGAUAAGGCACAAGAUGGUGACAGCCUGCCAGUCAGAAAGUAUUUCAAUGAAAAACUUGCUAACAAAAGUGCAUUAACAUGGGUACCAAGCUUGAAUGAUACCAGUAUGCACGAUCUGAAAGCAAACUCGCUGGUGCGAUAUCGUUGUCUGAUACAAGAUAUGUAUGAUCCUGAAUUUUACCUUGGCAAGUAUGAGGUGAAAGAUACUGUCACGGGCAACACAUUUCUGAGGAGUGGUAAAUACAAGGAUGUGGCUGAAUGUGGGCCCAAUCAGACAAUAGAUGUGGACUCUAGAAACAAUGUUACUAUGGAUAGAAUGACACUGUAUUGUGUACCAGUGCCUGGUGAAUCUGAAUGGGUUAAAAAAUCAUUCGCAGAUAUGAGUAAGGUUAAAACACAAUGUUAUCCCUCAACGUCUUCAACCAGGGCAAGGGGUAAAAGAAAUCUCGAGGAUGAAUCUGAGGUGACAGACGAACCUAUGGAAAGUCAGAGUGUGGAGACCGGAAAUAAAAGUGGAGAUGUUACCAUGGAAACUGAUGAUGCAAAAUCUAAACGUCAACAAACUACAAAAAGAGUUGAAGGUGCAAAUGAUAAACCGGAUCUCAACUUUCCACUUCCUGGAGAAAAAGGACCAGCAUGUUUAGUAAAGGUAUACGAUGAUAUUGACAAGUUUAAAGUAAAUGACGUGGUCGAAUUUGUUGGUGUGCUGUCGGUCGACCCUUCCUUGGCAAGAUUUGAUAACACUGAGGAAGAUAAUUCGAUGAUAACUGUACAUGAAGAACCACAGGAGGAGGUGAACGCUCAUUCCCCGCCCCCAUCACUUGUGCCACGCCUUCAUGCAGUUGUGUGCAAGCCACUCAAGCAUGUAAACCCUUUGGUACCUGAAUUAGUUGAAGAUAAGAUACAAGUAUUGGAGAAUAUUCAGGGUGUUUUGACAGCUUUGAAACAGGAAUUGUUGUCUGUACUGGAGCAUGCUUUACUUGGAGAUAAAAUGGCUGCCAAAUACCUACUGUGUCAUCUUAUUGCCAAUGUAUAUGGUAGAGCUGAUGCUAUGGCACUGGGAAAGUUUUCCGUGAAUUUCAGCAACUGUCCCAACUCUUCAUUAUACUCUGAAUUGUUACACCAUUUACUGUCCAAUCUCGUCACACAGUCUCAUUUACUGCACAUGUCUCUGGACAACAUGAACAAACUUCCAUUCUCACCAAAGAAAGAUUACACUGCAAACAGGCUGCGCUCUGGUAUUUUACAGCUAGCAGAACAUACCAAUAUGACUGUAAAUGAAAUUGCUCUUGAACCAGGACAGCUCGAUGUAAAUGGUGUGAAAAAUAUACAAUCACUUGGAAAUGUUAUAAACUGGCAAAAAGUGGAAUAUGAUUUUGAAUUUCACAGACAAGACUUUCCAUCCAACAUCUCGGCCCUCAUUAUUUCAGAAGGAAGAUCUAUAUUGCCUAGUGAUUGUUUUGUUCCUUUGCAGUGUAAGGAGCAA